GGAACGGCUGCCGACGUCGACGCCGACGAAACCUGGUAUACUCCAGAGAUGGGACAACUUCAGUAUAGAGAAGUUGUUCGCACGUAAAAAGCGCACUCCAACGCCACGGUCCGUCUAUCUCAAUAGCCCAUUACCGUACGAGUCGACGUUGGGCAAAAAGCCUUGGUAUGAGAAGAUGUUACAACCAAAGUCUAUGCAAAACGUUGGUUCUGAGUGGAUUUACACGACAAAUCAGAUUAUCAGCUCAAAAUACACCGUAUUAACCUUCGUACCGAGAAACUUACUCGAACAAUUUAGAAGAGUAGCUAAUUUGUUCUUCCUUGGUAUUGCAAUUCUACAAUUCUUCCCUAAAUUCUCCACCAUCAACGGCGGUGUCGUUAUCUUACCAUUGAUCAUUAUCGUCUUCAUUACUGCGUGUAAGGAUGGAUAUGAGGAUAUUAAGCGACACCAAUCUGAUAGGAAAGUGAAUCACUCGAAAGUUCAAAUAUUGAAAGGAACACACGGCGCAGCACACCACAGUGAAUAUCAUUAUCACAAUUUCAACCACGUAGAAGCGAAGUCAAAAACAUUCACAGCUGGUCUCCCUAAAAACGUUAAACUUGGUAAAUUAAGGUUAAAGAAGAAGUCAAAAACUAGUGAUCACCUUCCACCACCAACGGUUCCAGAUGCGGUUACGUCACUUAAUGACGAAGCCAAGUUUGAAAACGAUCAGGGCGCUUACGGCAUAAGCAGUCCGCCUGAACUCAAUGACACCCGUGAUUUUGAUGGAAGACAAAUGGGUUUAGUUGAUGAUUUAGAGAAUCCUCGCACCUAUACGCCUCCACCAGCUCCAGCUCAGCUCCCGACUGGUCCGAUAGUUGAGGAUGAUGAGGAGUUUGGCGAAGAAGACGACGAAGAAGAUGAAGCAGGUAAUAAAUGGAAGACAUCCUUAUGGGAGGACGUUAAAGUCGGUGAUUUCGUUAAAAUUAACAACAAUGAACAGUUUCCAGCAGAUAUCGUUAUAUGCUCUACGUCUGAAGAAGAGGAUGUUUGUUUCGUCGAAACUAAAAACUUGGAUGGUGAAACAAACUUGAAAUCUCGUCACGCAAUUCCGCAAUUGUCACACUUUAGAAGUCCUUCUACAAUAGCCAGAGAUUGUCAUGGUUAUAGAAUUGACAGUGAAGCACCUGAUGUCAACAUGUUUAAACUCAACGCCGCAGUCGUCAAAGAAGGUACACACCCUACGAAGUCACCCGUUGACAUGUCAACCGUAUUACUCAGAGGUACGGUUUUGCGUAACACCAAAUGGGUCAUCGGUGUUGUUCUCUUUACCGGUUCAGACACGAAGAUCAUCGCAAACUCUGGUAUAACACCAUCAAAACGCGCAAAAACUGAAAGGUUGAUGGAUCCACAAGUUGGUAUCAAUUUAGCAUUGUUGGCCGUCAUGUCUGCCUUCUGUGCUAUCGUUGCUUACACAAUUGAAGUUAGCGAUCAACGUAAUGGCGCAUAUUGGACCAUUAGAGAUGAUAGACCAGGUGAUAAUCCUUCAGCUAAUGGUGUUUUCACUUUCUUUAACGGUCUGAUUACAUUCCAGAAUAUUGUUCCAAUCUCACUUUACAUUUCAAUGGAGUUCGUGAGAACCUGUCAAGCUGGCUGGAUCUACCUCGAUAAAGAUAUGAGGUAUAAAAAGAACGGUUAUAGGGCUGUCGCCAGAUCAUGGAAUUUGUCUGAUGAAUUAGGUCAAAUUCAGUAUAUAUUUUCUGAUAAAACUGGUACUUUAACUCAAAAUUCUAUGAUUUUCAGACAAUGUUCUAUCGCCGGAAAAAUCUACAAAUCAGAUGAUACAACUGUAGUUGAAAGUAAAUUAACAUCGUCGCCUCAAAUGCCAGCUUCUAUAGUCGGUAGUGAAACACCACUCAAGACCCACUCAUCUUCGAACUCCUCAGAUGGAUAUGAAGCUCAGAUCAAUGAACAUACUGAUGGUUCACAAGUAGAUAGUGAAGCAACUGUGAAACCUAAAUUCUAUUCAUCAGCUUUACACACUGAUAUUAGAGCUGAAGGUGGUGGUGAAGAAGCUGAAAAGAGAGGACAAGAUGUCGAUGCAUUCCUGACAUGCUUGUCUUUAUGUCACACUGCUCUUGCAUCUGAACAAGAAGAUGGUAGUCUAGAUUAUAAAGCUCAAUCACCGGAUGAGAGUGCUUUAGUGCAAGGUGCUGCUGAUGUCGGUUAUGUUUUCAAAGGUAGAGAUAGAAAUAUACUCAAACUUCAAACUCCAUUUACUAAUAACAAUGUCGAUUACUAUGAGUUACUCAAUGUUCUCGAGUUCUCCUCUGCUAGAAAGAGAAUGAGUGUGGUAGUCAGGAAGUUAUCUCAAAGCAGAGCUCAAAUGAAGAUCGAUGUUGCCAACAAUGUUGCCCAGGGUGAAAGAAAUCCUCAAAUUCCCUUGGAUGAUGAUGAUGAAGAGGAUAGUGAGAUCGUUUUGCUCACUAAAGGAGCUGAUAACGUAAUUUUCGAAAGAUGCGAAGAUAACAUUCAAAAUAGAGGUAUGAAGGAUGUAACAGAUAAAGAUCUUAGCUAUUUCGCAAGUGAAGGUCUUCGUACGCUUUGUCUUGGUUAUCGUGUAGUUCCUAGCGAAGAAUACGAGGAAUGGAAUAGGAAAUACAAUGAAGCUACGGUCGCUUUGGAUAAUCGUGAACAGCUUCUUGAAGAGGAGGCCAGUAGAUUUGAAACCAAUUUGACUUUGUUAGGUGCAACAGCGAUUGAAGACAAGCUCCAAGAUGGUGUUCCAGAAACCAUUCGUGAUCUCAAACGCGCAGGUAUAAAGGUUUGGGUUGCUACUGGUGAUAAACUUGAAACUGCCAUAGCUAUUGGUUAUUCUACUCAGCUUCUCACGAACGACAAUAACCUAAUCAUCGUUAGGGGUGGUGGAUAUGGUGAAAGAAAUUCUGCUUAUGCUCAAAUGCGCAGAGCAAUCGAUCAAUUUUUCCCUGAGGAAAGCAUUCCCUCCAGAUUAAGAAAUCAACCACCUGACAAUGGCUAUGAUAACAUGAAAAGAUCAUCAACUCAUUCGCAUGCUUUAUCUGGUAUUGAGUCGUUAGUUGGUGCAGACAAUGGACAAAGAGAUGGUGGAUACGCUCUAGUCAUUGAUGGUAUGGCACUCUCACACGCGCUGUCUGAACCAUGGAGUAAAGAUCUUUUAUUGAACCUUGCACUUAAAUGUAAAUCUGUUGUUUGUUGCAGAGUAUCACCACUUCAAAAGGCCCUCGUCGUUCGCCUCAUAAAGGAUAAUUUGGAUACUAUGACUCUUGCUAUCGGUGAUGGUGCUAAUGAUGUCUCUAUGAUUCAAGCUGCACAUGUCGGUAUUGGUAUAGCAGGUGAAGAAGGUUUACAAGCUGUCAAUUCAUCAGAUUAUGCAAUCGCGCAAUUCAGGUACUUGAAGAAGUUACUUUUAGUACAUGGUCAUUGGUGUUACUACAGGAAUUCAAACUCUAUAUUGAAUUUCUGGUUUAAGAACAUUAUCGGUGUUGGUGUUCUAUUUUGGUAUCAGUUCUUCUGCGCAUACUCAACUUCCUACGUUUUUGAAUACGUUUACUUGCUCUUAUGGAACGUUUUCUGGACACUCUGUCCUGUUAUUGGUAUUGGAUUAUUCGACAGAGAUCUUAACGAUAAAGUUUUGAUGGCAAUACCCGAAUUAUACAAGUAUGGAAGAAAAGGACAAUAUUUCAACAGUUGGUUGUUUAUUCUUUACAUGUUUGAGGGUAUAUUACAGUCGACAAUCGUAUUUUUCUUCACCUACUAUGCUUACAUGUCUCCAACUACACGUGCCGAUGGAUAUGACACUUAUGUUUAUGAGAUGUCCACAACAAUGGUUAUAGCUGCCGUAACUGGAUGUAAUCUCUUCAGUGGUUUGAACGUACAUGCUUGGACUUGGUGGAUCGUCUUCGGUGUCUUCUUUGGUAUUGUCUUCAUUUGGGCAUUUACUGCUGUCUAUAGUGCCCUUUCACCUCAACUUGUUUGGACAAAUCUCUGGGGUAAUGAGGAACUCGUUUUCCAUUCAGCUUUGUUCUGGUUCUGUUUGAUUUUCACAGUCAUCUUCUCCCUCAUGCCUAGAUAUGUGUUCAAGGCAUACAAAUUCCAAUUCCAUCCAGAUGACAUAAAUAUUAUACAAUAUGUUCAGAAGAAAGAUGACGAUCAUGACUUUGAAAAUGAUCCUUUAAUGCAGUCACAUUUGAGAAACACAUACACUAAGGAUAAUGAAUACCCACCAAAUAGGCCAUCAUCAGUGCGAUCCGGUCAGAGGAUAGAUAUGAGUACUGGACAGAGAUCAACAGGACGUAAUCAAACAUUCGGUUUCGAUCAAGAAGAGAAUGGAUAUGCAAUGCAAAGAUUACAAAGUCAUUUAAGUGAGACAAGCUCACAAUUUCAUCGUAGACCAUCAGCAAAUGAUGCUGAGAUUCAAUCUAGAAGGAGAAAGUUCAAACGUAAAACCAAUAGUUGGACAUCUAGGACUGUUGAAUCAUUUAAAACAGCCUUGCCUCGUAAAUCAAAGAACGCAUAGUGUUAUCCUUUCACUUCUUGCAUCAAUUAAUUUAACCAGAGUAUUUAACGAUAAUGGAUCACUUGUUUAAUCUCAUUAAUGCAACCCUAAUCAAUGCUAUUAUAUAUAAUUUCAACUUGUAUUAUUUUCUACAUUCAUG